CGCCAACCUCCCUCUUUGGUUUUGAAUCUUGUCUGCUCUCCCAACGACUCUCAGCGCCAUGUCGGAGACCGCUCCCGCGGAGGCCGCCGCCCCGGCGCCGGUGGAGAAGUCCCCCGCCAAGAAGAAGGCGGCCAAGAAGCCGGCGGGCGGGGCCGCCAAGCGCAAGGCGUCCGGGCCGCCCGUGUCCGAGCUCAUCACCAAGGCGGUCGCCGCCUCCAAGGAGCGCAACGGCGUGUCCCUGGCCGCGCUCAAGAAGGCGCUGGCGGCCGCGGGCUACGACGUGGACAAGAACAACAGCCGCAUCAAGCUGGUGCUCAAGAGCCUGGUGAGCAAGGGCACGCUGGUGCAGACCAAGGGCACCGGCGCCUCGGGCUCCUUCCGGCUCAGCAAGAAGGCGGCUCCCGAGCUGUCCACCCCCAAGAAGCCCAGGAAGGCGACGGCCGCCAAGAAGUCCGGGAAGAAGACCCCCAAGAAGCCGAAGAAGCCGGCGGCCUCCGGCGCCAAGAAGGUGGCCAAGAGCCCCAAGAAGGCCAAGCCCGCCGCCAAGCCCCGGAAGGCCGCCAAGAGCCCAGCCAAGCCCAAGCCGGUGAAACCCAAGGCGCCCAAGGCCAAACCUGCCAAGCCCAAAGCCGCUAAACCCAAGUCGGCCAAGACCAAGAAGGCGGCUCCGAAAAAGAAGUAGGAUGUUUGCCUCCCGAGAGGCCACCAAACCCAAAGGCUCUUUUCAGAGCCACCCAGAGGCCUCGAGAAACAGCUGGGCACUGCACUACUUUGGUCUGGAACUAUUGCACUGUAAC